CUUGGUACGCUUGCAGUGAACAUUCAACAUAGCAUCUGACCAGACGGUGCGGUGUUGACGAAUAUUUAAGUGGUCAAUCUAGUCACUAAAAUAGCUGUGAAAUCAUUUCUUAUGCAUUUUUACAAACGUAGUGAAAAUGUUUGAUAAACAUUUAUCUGUGAUAUUUACGAUAUUCUUAUGUUUUUAUGUUAAUCAAUGUCUAGAGAUUGAUAAAUCACGUCGAUAUAACCAAAAUUCCGACUUUUUACUUCAUGAAGCUACAGGCUCGUUACAAUACCAAGGACAAUCAAACUCGCGAAAGCGAGAUUAUAUCGCUCCAUCAUUUUCAUCACAAUCACCAUCGAGCACUUCGCAGCAAACUAAUGCUAAAAUUACAACAUCGCCAAAAAGAGAUUUUGUAAAUCCCAACGGAAAGAGAGAUUAUGUAUCACCAUCAACUUUUUCAACUCAGCCACACAGCACUUCGCAACACACCACAGCAAAACCGUCAAAUAGUGCGCCUAGAAGAGACUUCGUUAACCCAAAAUUCACAAGCCCAAAGCCUUUAGAUAAUACUCAAAAUCAUCAAAACCGACCUGGACAAGUACAAGACCUAGUAAACUUUUUCGAUAGUAAAAGCAAUAACGGAGUUGUAACGCCAAAGCCACCAUCUUACAGCUCCAUCUUGCAAGGAACAACUAAACAAACCUCGACUUUAAAUGCCUGGGGAAAUACAAAAUUUAAUCAACCUGUCACACAAUCUACACCGAAAUUACCUGCAGGUCAAACGACUAAAAGUUACAGCUCUAUUGUUUCUGGGUCUAAUACACCAAGUACUGUGAAGCCCUCUACGAAACCUUCAUUUUCAACAUCAAGAUUGCCGAGUGCAAUUGUAAACAACAAUAAAAAUAACAACCAAGCCAGUAGCGGCAAUGGUCCAAGUGAUGCCGAACUUCAAUCGUUAAGUGAAGAACUUUUGAGGAAGGAUACUAAUAAUGCGGCUAAGUAUGUGACCAUUAAUUAUCAGGAAAAAACAACAUCCCAAUCAAAAGAAGAUAAGGCGCCUCUCCCAUUACUAACAGUUUCACAAGCAACCUGGAAUAUUCCGACUAUUCAAAAGUUUGUACCUCUUUUAGAUAAUUACGAAAGAGAUACUCUUGUUAAUGAAUAUGUUACUCCACAGGAAAGGAAUGAAGAAAAUGCUUUUAUGGACGCUAUUAUGUCUACAACCGUCAUACGUCACAUGAUGAACUUUUUGAAGGAAAAGGGAUAUGUAACACCGGAUCCAAGACAGCAGCGUGAUUUCCUUAAGCAAUUAUGGUUUGGAUUGUAUUCAAGGGGUAAAGGAAAAAUAAGCAGUUCAGGGUUUGAACAUAUUUUUGUUUCCGAAUUGCGAAACGGUGAAGUUUUGGGACUGCACAACUGGAUUUAUUUUGCUAAAGAAGAGGCAGCAAACAGAGUUAAUUAUCUGGGAUAUCUUAAAUACUUGCCCAUUGGUGACAAAGGAGCUGUAAUGAAACUGCACUUUAAUCAGAAUGGUGCUGACAAGCCCGUUGAUACUAUGUUCGUUGGAACAUCGCCGGAACUGGAAAUAGCACUGUAUACUAUUUGUUUUGUCACUCGAGCUGAUAAUGACUGCAAGCUAAAGUUAGCCAAUAAAGAUGUCCAAAUAGUAUCUCACACAUUCCGUUAUCGUAGUAAAAAUUUAAUAGGUAGUGCAUACCCUCAGAUCUAAGAGCAAUGUUAUAAAAUAUAAUAAUGUUAAAAAUAAUCUCACACAUUCCGUUAUCGUAGUAAAAAUUUAAUAGGUAGUGCAUACCCUCAGAUCUAAGAGCAAUGUUAUAAAAUAUAAUAAUGUUAAAAAUAAUUGAAAUUUAUUGGAACUACUAUUAAAUAAAAGAUGUUUGUUUUCGCUUAAGGAUUAAUAGUAAUAAUAACCGAAGUUUUUUGGAACCGCUUUCAAUAGUGAGAUUUUUGUUUAAGAUUAUACUAUUAUUUGUGUUUCAUUUAGUUGCUAGUAAAUUUUUUGUAUCAAAAGUUGUGUU